AUGACUGAUUCAUCAUCAUCUUCGGGUUCUACAUCGGAUGCAGAGCCUACCGAUCCUAGCAUCUACAUCAUACCUGGGCCUUAUAGAUGGGACGUCAUUCGUAAAAGGACGCAGUGUGCCCAUAUUUCACGAGUGUGGAAUACGGAGCAUGUGAGGAGACUGAAGACCAGGCGUGGGAAACCACAGGGGGGCCACCUACCGAGGCUAUUCCAGAGGUGGUCACAGACUACCUCACACAGGCUGGAUUUAUCCAUGUUGCCUGGAUGCGACAUAUCCAGUGCUCUAGUCGAGAGGUGGAGACCAGAGACACAUACAUUCCACAUGACGCAAGGUGAGAUGACUAUCACCUUACAGGAUGUGGCCAGCAUAUUAGGAUUGCCCACUGACGGUAUUGUUGUUACCAGAUCUACAAAUGAGGAUUGA